CGCAAAAAAGGAAGUGUGUGUAGCAAUUGCGGGAGUGCAGCCAGCACUUUAUGGCGGAGAAACAUGCUAGGGGAAACAGUUUGCAAUGCUUGUGGUCUUUAUCACAAGCUGCACGGAAUAAAUCGACCUAUGACAAUGCGUAAAGAUGCAAUACAGACCAGAAAGAGGAGG